CUCACAGAGCGCGCAAGAAGCCUCUCUCCCGCACCAUGUCCAACCUCCUCGCUCACAAGAGCAUCCGCGUCGCAAAGCCCACGCGCGGCCACCAGCCCCUCGCCGACGGCGCCAUCCGCACCGACCACGAGAUCGUCGACCGCCUCCAGCAGUGGAAGCACAUCACCAAGUCGCUCCUCCACUACUACAAGGGCCUCGCCGACAUCGAGCAUGCGCAGUGCAAGGCCACCACAGCCCUGAUGGACACGAUCCAGGUCCCGUUCCACGAGGGCCACGCCUUCUCGCCCGACGGCUGGCAGGCCGUCCUGUACGACGUGCGCGACAACACCAAGCUCCUGUCGGAGCGCCACGGCAACUUUGCGUCGACGAUCGAGCACACCGUCAUCCGCGACCUCGAGGGCGUCCGCUCCGAGAUCAAGCAGCACAUCGCCGCCGUCGAGAAGGAGGCGUCCGUCCUCGCCGACGACGUCGAGAAGGAGCGCGAGAAGUCGAAGCGUGACCUCCUCGAGCUCCAGAACGGCAUCGACACGUUCGAGAACUCCUCGACGCAAAUGCUCCCGCAGAAGGACCCGUACCUGUCGCACCACAUUGUCGAGAACCAGCUCAAGAAGCAGGUCCACAAGGAGAACGACCUCCAGGCCGCCCUCAUCCGCUUCCAGCAGCAGCAGCCGCAGUUCGAGGAGACCGUGUCCAAGUCGAUCCAGUCGGCCGCCAAGCUCUACAACGAGGCGCAGCUCACCCACGCCAAGGAGGUCGCCGAGCUCCAGGAGAAGAUCGCGACUGCGCUCCAGCGUGUCGAGCCGACGCACGAGUGGGAGUUCUACACGUCGCGCGACGACACGACCCUCAUCGACCCGAACACGCCGCUUCGCUCGAUCGAGGCCAUCUCGUUCCCUGGCAUGAACCACGCCUCGACCACCGUCCUCAAGGAGGGCUUCAUCGAGCGCAAGAAGCGGUUCAGCAAGAAGUACACCGAGUCGUACUACGUCCUCACGCCGUCGGGCUACCUCCACGAGCGCAAGUCGUCGAACGCCCAGGAGACGUCGGCCCCGGGCUUCUCUCUCUUCCUGCCAGAGUGUAGCCUCUCGGCACCGUCCAAGGAGAAAGAUCGCUCGCACAAGUUGCACGUUAGCGGCAACCGCGCGGUAAAGUCCAGUUUCGAGUCGCGCGUCAAGGACACGCUCAGGUUCGGCGGCAAGGAGAUCGCGUACACGUUCCGCUUCCGCACUCGCGCCGAGCUCCUGUCGUGGUUCGAGACGCUCGACCAGCUCUCGCGCGACACCAAGGUCGAGCGCACGUCGUCGGGCAAGAAGCUCGUCACCGACCCGGUCGGCACCGCCGUCGCGUCGGUCGGCUACGCGCCGCCCACCGAGGAGACGGAGCGCACUGCCGCUGCCGUCGCCGCCGUCCCGGGCGCCCGUCUCGUCGACGCCGACGAGGCUGAGCGCAUCGAGCGCGAGCAGGCCGAGGCCAACGCGCGCGAGGAGGAGGGCGCCGGCGAGACGCGCUCGCCCGCUUUCGUCGGCGGCGGUCUCGCCCAGCAGGACCACUCGUCGGUCCACCGCUCGGUCCGCGACGACGAUGAGGACUCGGAGGAGGGCGGCGGGUCGUCCGAGGAGGAGUACGCGUCCGACGACGAGCUGGCUCACGCCCGCUCGGCCGCCCAGACGCCCGCUCUCGGCACGGCCUUUACCUCGACCGAGGCUGGCUCGUCGUCGGUCGGCGCAGGCGCCGACGCCGGCCCCGCCGAGGAGACGUCGGGCUUCUUCAAGGCCGAGACGCUCCCGGCCUACGUCGGCUCCGGCACGUCGGCGCCCGAGAAGCAGGCCUUGACGACCGAGGCCAAGGGCACGCCGCCCGUCCUCGGCAACCCGGUCUCGUCGUCGUCGACCUCGACCCCGGCCACCAACUCGGGCGAGACCGACUCGGCGGCUUUCGGCGCCGAGGCUGCGCCGGCCACGAGCGCCGCGACGACGAGUGCGUCGUAGACGAGUCCUUCACUGGCUCCUCUGCGUCCCGCCGCCGUCGUUGUCGCCGUCGUCGUCGUCGUCGACCGUGUACCACUAGCCGUCGCCAACCUCAUCCCCUCGUCGUCGUCGCUGCGCCUCCUCGUCGCGCCUAGUCGUUACCCGUAAUUAUCGCGCCCCCCUCUCUCUACCCCCUCGCCCCUUCUCCCUUCGUCGCCUCGCUUUUCCUGUACAUGCCCUCCCUCCGUCGUUUUCUCGACUGAAACUUCCCGAGUCGUACCC